AUGAUUGAUCAGUAUAAACAUCAACACCUUCGAAUUGGAUCAGUUUCCUCUGAACAAAUAAGUGCUUGGGCAAAAAAAAUCCUACCUAAUGGAGAAACAGUUGGGGAGGUAACAAAACCCUAUACUCUUCAUUAUAAAACCAAUAAGCCUGAAAAAGAUGGAUUAUUUUGUGAAAGAAUUUUUGGGCCUAUAAAAAGUGGGAUUUGUGCUUGUGGAAAUUAUCGAGUAAUCGGAGAUAAAAAAGACCAACCUCAAUUUUGUGAACAAUGCGGAGUAGAAUUUGUUGAUUCUCGGAUACGUAGAUAUCAAAUGGGAUUUCGAAUGAAAAAACUGUCAUUCCAUUCAAUUAAUAUGGAAUGUCCUAUAUCUGGCAUGUCUCUUGGGAUGAGUAACAUGAAGCUCAGAAUUCAAUUCAUGGGUGUAUUGAAUACUCCCAAUAAGGGAGUUGGUCUAUGGUCAAUUCAGUAA